CGCUGUUUAUCCAGUCGAACCAGCUUGUGCGCCUUUACGCACCGGUGGAACAGCAGUGAUGGGAGCUUCGCAGACGCGCGCCGCAAAUAAGUACCAGGACCUGACGGAGAAAACUGGAUUUUCAGCGGAGCAGAUCAAAAACCUUCACACAAGAUUUCAGCAGCUCAGUGGCAAUGAAGAAACAAUAAGCAGAGAAAGCCUGGAAAACAUAUCGGCCCUUUCCAACAACCCAAUCAGAAAGCAAAUCAUUGAGGCAUUCUUCGAUAAAAGGAACCAGCAUCAGAAUGAGGUGGGCACCUUCCAGGAGAUAUCCUUCGAGCAGUUCCUCAUGGUCAUGUCCCACUUCCAGCCUCCAACUUUGAAAACGACGGAGGAGGAGAAGGAGGCUAUGAGGAAAGAGAAGCUUCGCU